ACAUCCAGCGUUUUCCCCCCUUUUGUGUAUAGAGGUAGAGUAGAAGUUCCCUUUUUUUAUGGUUUGCUUCACCUUUGCUUCCCCAAAAGCAACUGGAUUCGAUGCAAUAUUGGUUCGUGUGUUGGUGGGAACAGUAAGGCUGAGCAAAUAAUGCAAUGCUGAGGUAAUUGCUAUCAGAGAUCGGAGGGUUUAAAGUUUAAAUGGGGGUGGUUGUGAUGGUGGAUAGGAUAGGGGCCAGCCUAGAUGCGGUUAGACCUGGACGCUUUGGCCUCAUAAGUUGAGGAAGGAGGGGCAUGAUAGAGACCUCAAAGGCCAGCUGAGAGCUCAGUUGACGACAAUGGCGCUGCAGGUGCUUUAGUUACCAUUCAAUUGACAACCACAGUUGCUGGUUCUGCCCUGCCCGCCCAGUUGGUUGAUUUCAAGCUUGUGCGGUGUUGCUGAUUGGCGACAAGAUUUUUCAGGAAUAGACGGAGGAUUUGGCUGUGUUCUUGUUUCGUCAGAAAAGGGAAUUGAGUGCUGCCAGCUUUCACAGACACAGGUGGUAACAGCAGUUGCGAUUUUUAAUUCUUCUUGGAAGGAUUGAGAUCUUCAGUUCUGGAAUGGGUUCUUUUGGGAUGAACUGGGAUCAGAAGAAUUCCAUGGUGUGGGAUUGCGAAAAUCUAGCACUAUCUGUCCCGAAUGAAAUUGUAAGGCAUGGAUCUGCGAAUUCAUCUGGUGGUACCCUCACUUCUAGCUCAGAGCUAGGGCAUGGUUCAUCCAAGAGCUCCAUUUCGGGAUCCAUUGAUUCACCGUUUGGAGUAGGGAACAGCAUAGAGUUCAAUUUCGCUGCUGUUGAAAGGCAUGUUAAGGACAUGGGUAAGAAUGGCAGAGUUGACGACUCGAGAACUUCUCCAUCAUCAAUGAUAGCGUUCAGCCAUGGGGAGCCAUCAAUCAGCCUGAAGCUUGGAAAAAGGGCUUACGUUGAAAGUGUCUGUGGAAGACAGGAUAACAAGAGUUCUGCACCUUCAACUGUGACUUCUGCAUCGACUGUUGUCAAGAAGACCAAGGUAUCUCAUCAGAAUGCGAAAAACUCAUACUGUCAGGUCGAAGGUUGCAAAGUUGAUCUGUCUUCUGCUAAAGCUUACCAUCGCAAACACAAAGUCUGUGAAGAUCAUGCUAAAGCUCCCAAGGUGGUUGUUGCUGGUCUAGAGCGCCGUUUUUGCCAACAGUGUAGCCGGUUUCAUGGUUUAGCAGAGUUUGACCAGAACAAAAGAAGCUGUCGUAGGCGUCUUACUCAUCAUAACGCACGAAGGAGGAAACCUCAGACAGAUACGAUUUCAUUCAAUUCAUCACGGCUUUCGACAAUGUUUUAUGACACAAGCCAGCAGACAAAUCUUUUCUUUAGCCAACCUCUCUUUAGCCAAGUGAGAAGCAAUGCACUUUCUUCAUGGGAUAACUUGGGAGGCUUCAAAUUUGUGGAAACAAAACAUAUGUCGAUGCAUCCAAUGAAAACAGUAGGCCUUGAUGAGUUGCCUUUCUCAAACCUCCAGAUAUCAACUAGUGUUGCGGCUCAAACUGCACGCCAUCAUAAUUUCGAUGGGCUCAUGCCAGUCAAGGGAACCAACACAAAGGUCCUCAAUCAAGGUGUGGAAGCCUCCACGGCCGCUUCCAACUCAAAUGGAGCCCCAGAACUUGGGCGUGCUCUCUCUCUUCUGUCAGACGGUUCUUGGGGUUCAAGUUCAACCGUCAUCCAGCAGCAUAAUUCUCAUGUGCACACUGGUGCGAUGCCGCCCCUUGGCACUAUUGCUGUUUCCAACCCUGUCACGAAUCAUCUGGAUCCGUCCCCGGGAGGGUUCUGGCAUGACGACCCUGCCACGCUCGAUGGAACUCUGCAGAUUCAGGCAUCCACUCACCUCUGAGUAUGCAUGAUUGAAUGCACUGAAGCUGCAUACUUGAACACUUGGCUACUGAUCCUCUUAAAUCAUCUGCGAUUUGGUUUGUCAGUGACAGGCUCUUUGCAUUGUUUCAUCCCACAACUGGAGGCAGGAGGCAUUUGGUGAAGCGAGGCACUGAAGUUUCAUAGGAGUUAGGCAUUUUGGGUCCAUUGGUGUGGCUACCUGAACCUUUUUCCAGUUUGCAAUAAGCACCGGUGUGGCUACUGGCUGCCUGGUCUGUUCUAAGCAAAUUCAUGUUUGAUCUCACUGCUUGUUUUGGAAUCAGACAUGAUCUGAAGCAUUUAACCGGAAAACACAUAACCCGGCCUGUUUA